AUGCUUUCCGUUCAAGGAGAACACGUCCCUCUCAGCCGUCCUGUGCGAGUUGUCCCGCAAGUUGAGAUUUGGCUUCAAAACCUCUCCGACGAAAUGCGAUCAACAUUGAGGAAGCUGUCGGUGGAAGCAAUACGUGAUGUGAACGUCGAUCCAGCCAGGUAUCCAUCACAGGUUCUCUGCCUUGCCGAACAAGUUCGGUUCUGUCAAAGCUGCGAACAGACGCUGGAUGGCUCAAGAGAUUUCGACAAGUUGAAGGCGGCUCUACAGGAACAACUCAAAGCUUACACCAAUACGAAAGUCAGCGACAUAGUGCUCGACCUCAAAUUGAAAGCGCUGAUUCUCGAUCUGAUUCAUCACAUCGAUGUCGUGGACCAACUCAUCGCCAGUCAUGCU